AUGAAUAAAACAAUUCAUUUCGUUCGACACGGACAAUCUAUAUGGAACGAAGCGGAAGAAAUCUUCAAAUUUACGCGAUUUGAUAAGGAGAUGCAGAAGCUUGAUAAGAUGGAUGCACCUCUUAGCAGCUUUGGCGAACAACAGGCUGCUCAACUACAAGAGAAAAUACAGGCUUUGAAUGCUGAGAUUGCUAUCACUUCACCCUUGAGUAGAGCAAUCGAGACCUGUAUUCGGAGUUAUGGAGUUGAAAAUGUGGUGGCCUCACACUUGUGUGCUGAGUUGGGAGACACAAUUUGUGACAUCGGCAAGAUGAAAGAAACCGUCGAGAAGAAGUAUCCAUCGAUUGAUUUUAGUUGUUUGCCUUCAACUGUUUGGUGGUAUGUGGAUCAAAAACUAAAGGAUCAACUGACAGAUCCAAGAAAAUGCUACGAGUGGGUUUUACAGAAUGGAAAUUGCGGGUUGGGAGAAACCGACUGCCAUUUUCAUCGAAGAAUUGAAGAAUUUCAUGAGUUUCUUCAAAGCCGGUGUGAAUCGAACAUAAUAGUGUUUACACAUGGUGCUUUUAUGAGGGGCUUCUUUCAUAAGUACUGUAAUCGACCAUUUCAACAAAUUGUCCGAAACGUAGAGAUAAUCACUUAUACCUUGUAA